GUCAAAUGUGUAUUAAUCUAUGAGUAUUCUCAUUUCAAUAAUAAUCAAAAUAGUUCGUCUUCCCAAGUCCCAACCAACAAAUUAUCAUCACCAUUUUUGUCAUCAUUCUCCGCUUUUGCUUGCUUCACUUCCUACCACCUUUUUUACUCUCUUUCUCUCUGCUCCGUUCGGCGGAUUUCAAAUUCUACUCACUCUUCCUUCAUUUACGUGUCCUCCUCUCCACACUCCCACCGCAUUCUCUCACCUCUUCAAAUACUUGCAUUUCCUCCUUUUGCUACAUUCACAGCUAGAUCUUUCAUUUUUACUCGCACCAGAGUGUGGCAAAUGAGAAACAAUUUUGUGGGUUCGAUGAGGAUUGGGAUGAUUAAGGUUGAAUUUUUGCUCUUGGUGGUGGUGGCAACGGUGGCGGUGGCGGUGGCUGCCGGGGCGGGUAAUGGCGGGGCAGGGGUGUUUUCGGCGAAGUUGAUGCAUAGGUUCUCCGAGGAGGUGAAUUCUGUUAGGGUUUCUAGGCGGGGAAGGGAGGUUAAUGAUGUGGGUUUGCCCCGGAAAUGGAGCUCGGAGUAUUACCGGAGGUUGCUGAGCAGUGAUUUGGAGCGGCAAAAGGUGAAGUUGGGGCCCCAGUCUCAGUAUCUCUACCCUUCUCAAGGAAACAGUGUUCUGCAAUUUGGAAAUGACUGGGGAUGGUCUGAUUUCUACCCAUUAUUCGACUUUUACUCUCACAUUUAUCAUUGUCUAUAAGUGCUGAUUACUGGCUUAAAUAGAAGAGAAGCCAUUGUUGAUUAAACAAUCAAUGGAGGUUUCUUUUUAAAAAAAUAUAUUAAUUUUUCUACACUUAUUUAUUUUGAGGUUUCUUUUCAUUUAUUGAUCUGACAGCUGGAGUAAGUAAAAGAAAGGAACAAGCAUAAUUGUCGAUUGAUUCAUUAGAUUGAGUUUUGUACCUUCAGUUGUUGAAAAUUUUAUUCAUUGCGGUGCUAGGGUAUGAAUUUGGUAAAGUCAGUUAAUUGUUAAAAUCAAACGAAUUGAAUUGUUUGAAUUUAAAAUUUUUUCAAGUCUUAAACUUUGGUUGCUUCUUGUUAAUUUGUCUGUUAGGUUUUAGUGAUUUCCUCCUUACCAUGUGUAGUAUGAUUAUGGGUGUGUUGAGAAGAUGAUGAUUACCAUUGUUGAACGAAUAAAUGAUUCUGUUGUCGUGAUGUAGAUUCAUUACACCUUCUUCCGAAUGUUAAUUUCCUGUUUCCUGCCGAUAAUUAUUUACUGAGGCCCGUUUCUUUUUUUGUUAUUGUUCCAUCUAAACAGGUUACACUAUGUAUGGAUAGAUGUUGGCUCACCAAAUGUUUCUUUUCUUGUUGCACUUGAUACUGGAAGUGAUCUGUUUUGGGUUCCUUGUGACUGUAUCCAAUGUGCUCCAUUAUCUGCCAGCUACUACAGCAGUCUGGUGCUCCCUCGUAUUUGGGGCAUUUAUAAUGCAGGAUAAGGAUCUAAAGGAAUACAAUCCCUCUGGCUCAACUACCAGCAAGUUCAUAAAUUGCAGCCAUCACUUAUGCGAACUAGGUUCAAGGUGCAGAGAUCCAAAUCAACCCUGUCCGUACAUUGUCAAUUAUGAAACAAAGGAUACAUCUACGUCUGGAUUCCUUGUAGAAGAUAUUUUGCAUCUCGCACCCGUCAGCAGUAAUAAAUCAAACAAAUUUGUGCGAGCUCCAGUAGUGAUCGGAUGUGGCAGUAAGCAAACUGGUACAUACCUUGAGGGAACGGCCCCUGAUGGUGUUAUGGGCCUGGGACUUGGGAACAUAUCUGUCCCCCAUUUCCUUGCAAAAGCAGGACUUGUUCGAAACUCUUUCUCUCUCUGUUUUGAUGAGGAUAGUGACGGGAGGAUCUACUUUGGGGAUCAAGGGAUCGCAAGCCAAAACACAACUCCGUUUUUGGCUUUAGAUGAUCAGAAUCGAUAUAUAGUUGGAGUGAAGGCAUGUUGUGUUGGAACUUCUUGCCUUGAGCAGACAGACAUCAAAGUUUUAGUUGAUAGCGGGACUUCAUUUACAUAUCUUCCAAGUAGUGCCUAUGAAAAGGUGGUUGGAGAGUUUGACAGACAAAUUAGGGCGACCAAAACUAGAUUUGACGGAUAUCCUUGGGAUUAUUGUUAUAAGUCAAGUUCUCUGGCUGCAGCAACGAAGAUAACUUUAUCUCUCAAGUUUGAUGCAAACAACAGUUUUGUGGUCUUUAAUCCUUUAAUUAGUCACUAUGAUUCCGAGGGUCUGAAUGGGUUUUGUCUAGCCAUACAAUCAAUAGACGACAAUGUUGGAACAAUUGGACAGAACUUCAUGACUGGAUAUCGAAUGGUCUUUGAUGGAGAAAACAUGAAGCUGGGGUGGUCUCAUUCUGAUUGUCAAGAUUUGGCUGAUAAUAAGGCGCCACCAGUAACAUCAUCAAAUGUUACCUCUCCUGGCAGUUUGCCUACAGAGCAGCAGAGUUCCCCUAACCACCGUACUCCUCCUGCUGAGUCUAUAAUGCCAUCGAUAGCCACAUCAAUAUUAAUGGGACAAAGACAUUCAUGUUUUAUCGAGUUUUUAUUUCCUUUUGGGUUAAUAGCAUGUAUGUUUACGUGGAUCUUCUGAUCAGUAAGCAGUUGUAGAUUCAUGCCCUCUAGUAAAAUCUUGAUGUAAAUCCUGUUAUAGGAGAUCUUGUACGGGCCAAUGCUUCUACCCUAUGCCCUGUUAGUGUUGAAAUGGGGAUUCUAUGCUAGUAAAGUUAUGUUCCCUUUAUUCUUCUGUUUCUUAGAUCAACGUCGAAACUGAAAUUGGAGACGGAAAGUCUCAUUAUCUCCAUCACCGG